AGCCGAAGAUGUCGGCUCAGUCAUGUGAUCAGCUGUGUCCAAUCACAGCUGAUCACUGUCGGCAUUCCACAGAGAGGACAUGUACACUGAUCAUCAGGGCACUGAUGAUCAGUGUGCCCUGAUGAUCAGUGUAGCCCCAGCAGUGCCACCUGUCAGUGUCCAUCAAUGCCAGCUGUCAGUGCUCGUUAAUGCCACCUGCCAGUGCCCAUCAGUGCCUCAUCAAUGCCACAUAUCAGUGCCUACCAGUGUACACCAAUGCUACAUAUCAGUGCCGAUCUGAGCUGCCUUUCAGUGUCCCCUAUCAGUGCCACCUAUCAGUGCCGCCUACCAGUGCCAGUCAGUGCCGCCUAUCAGUGCCCAUCACUGAUG